AGUGUUUACUGUCAUAAAAAAAAAUAUAAACAAAUUCUUUCCCAUUUAAAUGGUUUAAAAAACCAUGGUUUGGAAUAUUUCAAAAGUGGUUUGUUAAAUAAGAGUAAAAUGGCAAGUAAAAUGUGGACGGACGAUUAUCAGUGGCAUUAUGACUAUGUUAGACUCGCCUGGGACACAGGGUUCUCCUUUGAAAAGUGUAAAAAUCCUAAUCUGGACAAGAAUCAAAUAGGUAUAGCAGAUGUAGAUCGUAUAGUAAAAGAACGAGAUGUGGGAACCGUCGAUCGCUACAUCUCCACGGUAGUUCAGUAUAUUCUUGAAGAUGAACAAGCAAAAGUUUUGGACGUGAAUUUCGUUAAAAUGUUCAGAUUGAGCCAACUGGCAGUCGAGUAUUUAUUAUUUUGCAAGAAGUACUUGGAUAAUACAGUGGUAUUGCUAAAAAAGGAGCUUGCAAAAAAUCAAGACGAAAGUAAAGAACUUAAAACUUAUAUAAGUGAAUUGGAAUCCCACUUAGACACGAUUUCGAAACAACACGCUUUGUCAACAUAUAAAUGCACCUCUUGUUAUAAAGCCUUUUCUUCAGAAGAAUACUUGAAAUCCCACAUAAAGAGGCGUCAUGAGAAUCAGAACACACAAAUCUACAACGCCGAAACAGAUAAACUAAACAGCGAAAUUAAAGAGCUAAAAGAAAGGUUAAACGCUGCAGAGAAGCUUUUGAAAGAGAAAAAUGAGCAAAUGCCUGAAAAGAAUAUGUUCGAAAUGGACAAUACCAGCUCCAAAGUCUCCGAACUCUUAGAUAAAUUCGAACAAUUUAAACAUCAAGUUGAUACUGAAAUGAAAGACUUGAAAUUGCAAAAAUCAUUUUACGAGCAAAACUACGCGAAACUAUUCGAAUUGGCAAUUCAAAACAAGGAAAAUGUAGAACCUAAAAGUGACGCCAAAGACACUUUGAAGUCUGAAACAGCAAUACAAACAGACAGGUUAUUGAACAUCGAGAGUGUUAUCGACAAAAACGUAUUGGAAAUAAAAGAUAUAGAAAGCGGUUCUGAUAGCGAUAAAACCGCUGCGAAUCAGGCGGCCAAUUUAGAUCUGAUUAAAGAAACUAUUGAGAGUAAAAUGACCACCUCGUUGGCGGGCAUAGAGAAUCAGAUGCAAGCGUUUUGGGAGAAACUAGUUCAGAUAGAACAGAGCAAGUAUCGAAUUCAGGAAUCUGUAAUUACACAACAGGAUAUAUCAGGGGAUGCCUAUGAUGUAAAACCGAGGGUUAAACCUAGAAGUAAAUUGACAAACACUAUACCUAACCCAGAUCAACAAGCAAACAAUAAUGAGAGAGAGAAACUACGACAGGCCCUGGAGGAGCUAGAACAGAGACAAGAAGACAAGAAAGCGGAGGUUAAUGGAAGUAAAAGUAUGGUUGUGGAACCUGUAAUAGUAAAAAGGGAACUGAAGAGGGCACAAAGUGUAAAAGUCAGCUCAGACAGUAGUGAAUCUGAUUCGGAUUCAACCAGUUCAGAGGAUCAGUGUCAGGAGGAACUGCUGGAAAAUCACAAACGCCAAGAAAGUAAAAGAGUUGAAGCUGCUUUGAAAUCAGUAUCCACUGUCCCUAUUAAAUCCAAAACGCACGGUAAGAGACGACAUUUAAUUACCGAAAACCAGGAAGAUGCCAGUGCGAGAAAAUCCCCUUUGCCUACCCUAGAAGAAACAACGGAAAAUGUGGUGUCUGCAGUGGCAGAACGUUUACAGGAUCUCGGAAUUUCACAAACCUGGAAACGCAUACCCGUACGAUCGUUCGAAAAAGCCUUGGAAAUCAUUAACCAUCAAGCCAUAUUAAGCAAAAAGACCUAUCCCAACUUUGAUAAGAUUAAAAGGAAAAUUCAAAAUGACAUUGACAAUCAAACCACCAAGGAGAGCAUGAAGAAUCGGCCCGAGUUAGAUGUGGUGACCUUGUCGAGUCCUAAAAGAAAACCGCUGCAAAAUAUCGUUAGAGUGUCUUAUAGACCGAAAAGCGGCAAACGAAGCCCUCCAAGAGCCAGCACAAGUCCUAAACACGCCAUCCCAGAAAUCAAAAACAGAUCUCUCUAUGACACAGAUACAGAAAGCGAACAACACAUUAAAGCAAACCAAGAGAGAAAUAUAUCCGGCAAAUCGGAUAUACUUCCGGUUUACUCCCAAGUAGUGCAAGAGUUUAAAAACACGACAAAUUCAAAUCUAGAUAAGUCAAAUUUUAUAGAUGUAGAGAGUUCUGAUACGGAUAAACCCCAGAAAACAUCACCGAGGGACGGUCAAAAGGGGGUGUUAAAAAACUACCCGUCCGUGAAUUCCCUUUCUAAGAAAAAAGUCUUUUUCGAUCUGGAGUCUGAAUCUAGUCGAAUCGAGGAUGCGCCCAUGGUUCAGAAGACUGGUGGGAGCACCACCAGUAUAGCCAGUUCGAUUUUGGGGGAGAAAAUGGACAGUUCGAAGGACCGGGAAGCACCGAGUAAGAAGGAAGAGAAACAGGAGGAGAAGGAUUUGGAGGAACUAAGCGAUUUUGAUUUGAGUGAAUUAUAGUAAGAAGUUGAAGGGAUAAACGACCCAGGGACAAUUUAGAGAUAUCUUUGAAAACCCAUCGCUAAGACUUAACAGGAAAUUUAACCUAGUCAGUACAAACUAUUUUUAAGCUCAUCUAACUAUAUUUUUAGGAUCUCAUUUUAUACGAUGUUUUAAUAUAAUUUUAAGUAGACAAUUAUAUAGGCAAUUUGAUGUUGCAUGCAAGACCUGAGUUGUUCAGACGUGUAUACGGUUGUCGUUGUAAAUACAUACACUUUAAUUUACAAUUUAAAGAUGCAACGAAUAAUAACCAUUUAUCUUAAAUAAAAAUAUUGUAUGCGAAUAUUUAA